AGCUAAUUUUGUAAACAAUGUGACCUUAGAAUCGCAGCCUUUCAAAUAUUCUCAAGGUUGCUCUGGCCAAACAUUGUACAUUUCAUUUUCAGUUCUAUGCAAAACCGCCAAGUGAGGCUUGAUGUUGGUAACUUAAUCAGUGACUUUAUUGAAUCUGUGAUCCACUUAUACUUAUAUGAAAGAAAUGUAUACCCACGAGCUUCUUCAACUGACUUUGUCAUUUUCGGCCUCCAUCUCAAGAUUUUCAAUAAUCCUGAGGUGAAGGAGUAUAUUUUCAAUUGUGUUGAAUCUCUACGACCUCAACUCUCGGAAAUCUCUGAGUUUCGUAUUGUAAUUAAGUCAAUUCCAGUCGAUUCAUCAGCUGAAUCGAAACCUAUUGAAGCACUUGUUAUACGUUUCGACAAAUUAACUGAAGAGUUUAUUCAACGAGAUAUUUGCUUUUCUGUCCUUCAAGAAUAUUUCGCCACUGCGCUAAUUCGUCUGAAAAUGCUUGACUCUACAUUACCACCAUUAGAGUUUGAAACAACUUGGGAACCAUGGGUUCGAUUCUCUUCAUCUUCAUAUCGAAAUGAGAAUCCUACAAUGUCAUGGAAUCUGAUAUCGAGUGACAACGACAGUGAUAGUAAAUCAGGUUCUAUUUUCCCUAUCAAAUCAUUUCAUACUCAAGAUAUUCAGAUGCAAGUAUUACUUCUUCAAUAUUAACAAUGUGAAAUCAUUUCAAAAAGAAUGUUCGU